AUGCCAACCUUAGAUCCAGCUACAGGUCGCGAGCUCUCAGACUCGGCAAUUCAACGAGUCCUCUUCGUUAACAACGACGUCCAUGUCUAUCAAAUUCCACCCAUUACGAGCAACAAAGGCUUUGCCGCGGGGAGCUGGACCGACCCGACCAAGCCCAUGGCACAACAGAUCUUUACUGCACGUCUACGCGUAUUCGAGACCUCCGUCAAUGGAAAAAUAAAGGCCRACAUCGUGCUUGAAGAUGGCAAGACUGGCGAUCUUUUCGCUGCCGCCCCAUACACAAGCACUGCGGUCGUUCAGCCCGCCAACGAUAGUAGUAGGUUCUUUGCCAUACGCGUGCAGGGAGAGGGUGGGAUGAAAGCUACAUUGGGCAUUGGCUUCGAAGAUCGUAGUCCAGCAUUUGAUUUUGGCAUUGCACUGAGCGAGGUGCGAAAAGUCUUGGGAAUGAACGACAAUGCUGUUGGGAGCUCAAGUGCUCGCGGAAACUCAACCAAAGCCAGUACAGUGCAGGAGCUGAAGCAGGACUUUAGCCUCAAGGAGGGGGAGAAGAUUCACAUAUUGGUGGGAUCUAGAGGCCGACGAAAUGCUCCUGAAAAUACCACUGCUGCUACACCAGAUGACGGUGCAGCUCUCUUCUCUAUUGCUCCACCUCCGCCACCAGGUGGUAAAGCACAGACGAUUGCACCUCCUCCUUCAGCCAAAUCUACACAGGAGUCGGGCUUUGAUGAUGAUUUUGGGGAGUUUCAAUGA